AUGUUUGGCUUAUUUGGAUGCUCUAGAUUUUUCUUGUCCCCUGUGCAAAAGAAACGAAGAAGCAAUGUGGUGCCUAGAACUCAAGGAAACAAAAGUUUUCAGGGUGACAGUCCAAAUUGGGUCCUCAUUGCAGGAGGUGCCUUGUUAAGUACUUUUUCAGUUAGCCUGGGUUACAAGCUGAAGCAAUUGCUUGACACAAAGCAACCAGACCAUACUAGCAAUGAUUUGAAAGGUCUUGGUGUGGAAAAUAUGUCAGCAGACAGAAGUCAGGGAACCACCGUUCGCAUUCAAAUGUGUACUGUUUUACCCAAGAUGAGGGUGGCUGCUUCAAUUGCCUUUCAGGUAGUGGAGGAGAAAAUGGGAAAGAAGUGA